GUUAGCAAUAGCUUGAGGUAAGGAUGCAAUGAGAGAUAACAGCACCCAGAAGACACAUCAUUAAGGAACCACACUCAUGCUUUGCCUCUUGAUGGCACAGAUAGUAAGCCACAGUGACCUACACUACUAGUCUAAGGAUUUUAAACCAAGCAAACAGGUGGCACAAAUGAGAGGGGAAUCUACACUAAUAGACAUGACAGGCCAGCUUACACAUAUCAGAACUGGAGACCUUGCCUGAGAGGUCAUAAGACGUGACUGAAAGUGUGCAAGACAGUAGGAAGCUGGGACAGGAGGGGUCAGCCAAUCGGAGGUGAGAGAUGAGGACGCAGGGGCAGUGGACGGCACUGGCAGUGUUGUCAAUAAUCUUGCUGCUGUCAAAGGAGGCGGCUCCAAUUGAAGUCCCACUUGACCCAAAGAUCCAGCAAGAGCUGAAACAGCCCCCCACCAUUGUGAAACAGUCACUGAAGGACUACAUUGUGGACCCCAGAGAUAACAUCAUCAUCGAAUGCGAGGCCAAGGGAAACCCUGUGCCAACGUUUCAGUGGCGGCGGAAUGGGAAAUUCUUUAACGUGGGGAAGGACCCACGGGUCACUAUGAGGAAACGUUCAGGAACGCUGGAGAUCAAAAGUAGCGGGAAACCAGAGGAUUAUGAAGGAGAGUAUCAGUGCUUCGCCUCAAACGACUUUGGCACGGCAAUUUCCAACAAAAUCCUGCUACGAGUGUCCAAGUCUCCACUUUGGCCAAAGGAGGUUCUGGAGCCAGUGACUGUGCGUGAGGGGACAUCACUCAUCCUGCCCUGCAACCCACCUCCGGGCCUCCCCCCUCCUGAAACUUUCUGGAUGGACAGCUCCAUAAUGCCUAUAGCGCAGGACAAGCGGGUGUCAAUGGGCUUGAACGGCGACUUGUUCUUCUCCAACGUUUUGGCCAAAGAUGCCAGCACUGACUACAGCUGCAACGCUCGGUUCGAGUUCACGCACACCAUUCAGCAGAAGAACCCUUUCACCCUUAAAGUGCUAACAAAGGAGCCUUAUAAUGACACCUUUCUGAACUCAACUGACCUGUAUGGUGCACGUAAUGUGCCAGAAACCCAGCCUAGCUUUCUGUCUCCAAAGGGGUCGUCCAGCUCCAAGAUGGUCCUCAGAGGAGAACAGCUUCUUCUGGAGUGUAUAGCAGCUGGAGUCCCAACCCCUACCAUUAAUUGGUUUAAAAGAGGAGGAGACCUGCCAUUACAAAAAGUCAAGCUUGAGAAUUUUAAUAAAACAUUACACAUCCACAAUGUGUCCGAAGAAGACUCUGGUGGCUACACCUGCAUGGCCAGCAACAAGAUUGGCAGUAUUCACCACUCAGUUGAAGUUCAGGUCAAAGCUGCUCCUUAUUGGCUAGAUAAGCCCACCAAUCUGGUGCUUGCCCCUGAUGAGAGUGGACGAUUAGUGUGCCGUGCCAAUGGGAACCCUAAACCAACUAUUCAAUGGCUGGUGAAUGGGGAACCAAUAGAGAGUUCACUGCCAAACCCAAACCAGAAAGUGCUUGGUGACACCAUCCUGUUCAAUUCGGUGCAGAUUGGCAGUAGCUCUGUCUACCAGUGCAACGCCUCCAACGAGCAUGGUUACCUACUGGCCAAUGCAUUCGUCAACAUCCUGGACAUGGCUCCACGGAUACUAGGGCCAAAGAACCAGCUGAUCAAAGUCAUUGAAAACAACAGGACCUUCCUUGACUGCCCUUUCUUUGGUUCACCAAUCCCUUCACUGCGCUGGUUUAAGAAUGGCCUAGGCAGUGGUCUGGAUGGUGGUCAGUACAAGUUGUACCACAAUGGUACUUUGGAGAUCAAACAAGCUCGGCCAGAAGACCAGGGCACCUACACCUGCGUCGCUAGCAACAUCCUGGGCCAGAUGGAGAAUCAGGUGCGCCUGGAGGUCAAAGAGCCCACAAGAAUAGUGCAGGUCCCGGAGCAUGUCACAGGACCCAGAGGAAGCACGGUUCGCUUUGACUGUCGAGUUAAAAAUGAUCCAUCGCUCCCUGCUACAGUCACAUGGCUGAAAGAUGACGAGCCUCUAACCUUCAGCUGGAUUGGCCGGUUGAAAAAGGAUGAUCAAACCUUGACUAUUCACAAUAUAAAUCCAGACGAUGGGGGAACCUACACAUGCACUUGGAAAACAGAAAUAGAUGAAGACUCUGCUUCAGCUCAGCUUACAGUUAUAGAGGAUGACAUCUCGUCUGCCUCAAAUCGUAGUGCCUCUGCAGGUCAACCCGACCCCCCUCAGGAUCUUGAGCUUUCUGACCCGUCAGCUCGCAGUGUCAGACUCACCUGGGUGCCUGGGAAUGAAAACAACAGCCCUGUUACACAUUUCCUAGUACAAUUUGAAGAGGACAGGUGGGAGCCGGGGAAGUGGCAGAACCUGUCUACACAUGAUGGCAACCUAAACUCAGUUAACCUGCAGCUGUCACCCUUUGUUAACUACCAGUUCAGAGUCAUUGCAAUCAAUGCUGUGGGCCAGAGUCAACCCAGCCACCCCUCUGCACGCUAUCAGACCAGUGGAGCUUCUCCUGAUGUUGUCCCAAGUGGUCUAAAGGGCUGGGGAAGUAAGAAAAACAAUAUGGAAAUCACAUGGCAGGCCCUGCAGAACACAGAAAGGAAUGGGCCAAACCUGCAAUAUGUGCUCUUCUGGAGAAAGCAAGACACUGGGGAUGAGUGGAACAACAUAACCACACCCAGAGUGAAGCAUGUUGUCCAUAAAACAGACACCUAUGUCCCUUUUGAGAUCAAAAUACAAGCCAUCAAUGACUUUGGACAUGGUCCGGAGUCAAACAUAGUCAUUGGUUAUUCUGGGGAAGACAAACCGUCCGCUGCACCAACAGAACUUAAGGUGUCAAAGAUCAACAGCACCAAAGUAAAUAUUCACUGGACCGCUGUUGACCCCAGAACUGUGAACGGAGAGUUUAGGGAGUACAAGUUGUACUACUGGCGGGAAGCAAGCCUGAUAAAGGGACUGAAAGUGAAUAAGACAAAGCUGCAUAAAGGUUUUUUCACAACGGCAGACCAUCCAUCUGGUAUCCUGACUGAACUCUCUCCAUAUAGCAAAUACAAAAUGUACAUGGUGGUGGCUAAUAGAGAAUAUGAGGGACCACAAAGCAACACUGUGGAGUUCCACACCAAGGAGGGAGAACCAGGGGCUCCAAAGUACUUCAAGAUUCAGAGACACGCAGAUGUGGUUCACCUGAAGUGGGACAAGCCUCUCGAGCCAAAUGGUAUCCUAACUGGAUACACACUCCAGUACCACACAGUGAAUGGGACUCAGGCAGGGGAGAUGAGGGACCAGAGUUUUCCACCAAAUGUGACAGAGUACAUCAUGAAUGUGCCUCACCGUUUCACACGCUACAAGUUCUACCUAGCAGCUCGCACGCAGGUCGGGGCAGGAGAAGUAUAUGCUGUGGAGUCACCACAUUUUGCAAAUGAAGGCACCCCAGAUACUGACUCAACAGUUGUAGCGGUUAACUUUACAGAUACCUUGAUGUUCGAAACCCCUCCCCCUCCCCCUCCACUCUCAACCGCCCCAGUCCCAACAAUACUUACCCCAGAACCAGCCACACCAGCCCCUACAACUGCUGCUCCACCCAAACCUACUACUACCACUACUACAACUACUACUAUCACCACAACUACAACAGCCUCCACCACAAUUCUUCCUGUUCGGCCUGUUUCUCCUAAAACUGUGGAUUGGAAAAUGCUGGCCCCGAAUGUAAAGAUCUGGAAUCUGACUGUGGAUGCUAACAAUGACUAUGCUAACGUCAGCUGGAAGCACAACUUCUCCGUUGACAGCAGCGAGUUUGUGCUAGAGUUCACACUGGACAGUAAUGGGUCGAUGAGAAGCAUACAAGUAAACCAUCAGCCUCCCAUUAAGCUGGCAGGGCUGGUGGCUGGGGCCAAGUAUCGCUUGCGGGUGUAUUCCCAUGAGCACCACUCCAUCAGCAGCGACUAUGUCAUGUUCGAGACAGGCAGAGCCUACAAAGAGCAGGAGGACAUUGCUACUCAGGGCUGGUUCAUUGGGCUGAUGUGUGCUGUCGCUCUGCUGGUUCUUAUCCUGCUCAUCGUCUGCUUUAUCAAGAGGAGUCGUGGAGGAAAAUACCCAGUGAGAGAAAAGAAAGACCUCCCAUUAGAUCCUGUUGACCAUAAAGACCAAGACGGAUCGUUUGACUAUCAUAGUGACGAGGACAACAAGCCGUUGCAGGGCAGCCAAACCUCCUUGGAUGGGAAUGUAAAAGAGAGUGAUGACAGUCUGGUAGACUAUGGUGAAGGAGGGGAUGGUCAGUUCAAUGAGGACGGCUCCUUCAUUGGCCAGUACACAGUAAAGAAAGACAAAGAGGAGACGGAGGGGAACGAGAGCUCAGAGGCCACAUCGCCUGUCAAUGCCAUCUACUCUCUAGCAUAGCACCCUGACCUGGAGAGGGCACCACCAGCAGGCCGGAGGUUGCCACUACACGCAUUAAAUUAAAUAUAUAUUCAGAGAGAAAUAUGAAAAAGUAUUCCCACUGAUAGCACUGGAGUGCAUGAUCCUUCUGAACAAGGGAUGGGAGGGAAGAAAACGAAUGCAGGUGAUCCAGCUAGUGUUUGCAAAUUGUUGAAGAGCCUGUGUUUAAGGAAUUCAGACUAUCACCUGGGUCCUCAUGCCCCACACAGACUUUAGUGUGCCUGUAGGGCCAUGGGGUGGAAACGUGGGACUUUUAAGCUUUUUGUGUGGCUUAUGCUCUUAUUUUUUUAUUUUGAAAAUCUUUAAUCUGCCCUUCCCUCCAACUCACUAUAGCUAGCAUCAAAGAAAAGGAGAUACAAGCACCGGUCCUGUGACAUAUCAAUUGUGGGUUGACUCAGCUGCAGAAUGUCGGCAAAUACGUUUAUCAUAUUGAUAUUUCCGCAGUGAAUGAUCCAGCAGAUACUGUAGAUGCGUCCAAAACAUGAAUUCUGUAUAGAGUGCUGGCACAGUUUGUCUGUGCUACAUAAAACUAUGCACUAGGUGUUAUGACAUCUUGCUUUUGGGUUGAAAUUGGAUGUUGUAAUCUUAUGUUUUUGUUUAUUUUGACUUUGCAAAAAACAACACCCAUGGUCCAUGAAAAGAUAUACAGUAUACUAUAACUGGACUGAUAUCAUGCUUUUAUUUUCACUGGCUGUAUACUGACUAUAAAAUGCCACUACUGCCACCAAUGUUUAUAGGCUGAGGUUAGAUGGCAUCACUUGUAAAUGAUGAAAAAAAAAGACAUUAUUUUGAAGCAUGGUAGUAUAUUAGCGCAAAGGACAAUGGAGAGGUUGUACUAAGAAGAGUCUCUUGAUAAAAACCCAAUGAUAUUUUCAUUUUUUAUAAACCUUGCUUUAUAUAGUCCUCAAAAUAGAAUAACGAAAAUGGAUCAUAUUUGUUUCUCAUUAAUUUUUUCCACUCUUUUUUUUUAAUCAGCUUGGUUAAGAUCUUGGUGUCAGAGUAACUUUAUUCAGGGAGUCUAAAAAAGUUUGGGGUGCAUCAAUACAUUGGUGGAUUGUCAUUUAAGGGUUUAGAGGCACUAUAAACCUCAACAUAGAGAAUCAGCCAUAAACCGAGCUGAGCAUUUGGGAAUAAUUUGCUGUUAGUAUACAAGUCUCGUGAAAAAAAUGGUGAUAGCCCCUUAGACUUUUACUACUCAGUCUUUCCAGAAGUAAAUCAUGUAGCCACAAAAUGCAGUGCAGAGAAAUGUACAUAUUUGAUAUUACAUGUUAGUAACUAGGGGUUUAAGAACAAAUAUUUAAAUUCAAGUCACUAAUCAAACAUAAGCAUAUUCGUGACAUUGACAAUAUUAACUCAGAUCACUCAAUUAACAUCAUAAGAUGCUCUUUGGAACAUUCUCAAAUCAUGCUGCAAUAACAUGGAUCCUCAGGUUUUCAAGUUAAUUCAUGUAAAUGUUUUGUUAUGCUGAUGAUAGAAUUUAUAAUAAAACAUUUUGUAUUCAAUUAGAAAUGGAUACAAAAUAGAAGCACUUUCACUAAUGGUCUCAGACUUUUGGACCCCACUAUAUAUUUAUCUUGAUUUUGUUAAAAAAAUAAAAUAAAAUAAUAGGGACUAAUAUAUUAAUAAUUUAUUGAUGACUGCACAUCCAAAUGUAACAGCUAAUUUGAUCUGAGGUACUCAGCUGUUGUGAAAGCUUCUCUGUGUAAUGUAGGAUGAAAACUUCAGAGUUCAAGCUACACUGGCGGCCAGAAGGAAAUUGGUAAUUUAAUUCACAAAGUGGGAUUCAACUGAUCACAAAGUAUAGUCAGGUCAUUACUGAUGUAAAAAUACAGCACCAUCACUAUUUGAAAAAAGUCAUUUUUGAUCAAAUCUGGACAGGCCUCAUUCCCAGCAGCCAUCAUCACUCCAACACCUUAUCCUUGAGUAAUCAUGAUAAAUUGCUAAUUUGGUACUAGAAAAUCACUUGCCAUUAUAUCAAACACUGCUGAAAGCUGUUUGGUUCGUUAAAUGAAGCUUAACAUUGUCUUUGUGUUUGUUUUUGAGUUGCCACAGUAUGCAACAGACUGGCAUGUCUUAAGGUCAAUAUUAGGUCAAAAAUGGUAAAAAAAAAAAAAAACUUUCUCCAGAAACUCGUCAGUCAAUCAUUGUUUUGAGGAAUGGAGGCUAUACAAUGCUUGAAAUUGCCAAAAAAAAAACUGAAGAUUUCAUACAAAGGUGUACACUACAGUCUUCAAAGACAAAGGACAACUGGCUCUAACAAGGACAGAAAGAGAUGUGGAAGGCCAGAUGUACAACUAAACAAGAGGAUAAGUAUAUCAGAGUCUCUAGUUUGAGAAAUAGACACCUCACAUGUCCUCAGCUGACAGCUUCAUUGAAUUCUACCCGCUCAACACUAGUUUCAUGUACAACAGUGAAGAGAAGACUCAAGGGGUGCAGGCCUUAUGGGAAGAAUUGCAAAGAAAAAGACUACUUUUGAAACAGAAAAUCAAAAAGAAAGUUUAGAGUGGUCAAAGAAACACAGACAUUGGACAACAGAUAAUUGGAAAAGAGUGUUAUGGAUCUUAACCCCAUUGAGCUUUUGUGGGAUCAGUUAGACUGUAAGGUGCGUGAAAAGUGCCCGACAAGACAGACACAUCUAUGGCAAGUGCUACAAGAAGCAUGGGGUGAAAUGUCACCUGAGUAUCUGGACAAACUGACAGCUGGAAUACCAAGGAUCUGCAAAAGCUGUCAUUGCUACACGUGGAGGAUUUUAUUUUAGGAGAACUCUUUGAAGUAGUUUAAGAAGUUCUGAAUUUUUUUUUCAAAUUGUAAUAGUUAUUUUUCACGUUAUUAAUGUCCUGACUAUACAUUGUGAUCAGUUGAAUGCCACUUUGGAGAAUAAAAGUACCAAUUUCUUUCCAUAAGAGCAAAAUCUGUACAUUAUUCCAAACUUCUGGCCUCAGUGUAUAUUAGGACCAUACUUGUGGCAAUGUAAAAAUAAUUAAACAUAAUGUCACUAUGAAAGGGUGGUAUGUCUUAAUUGUUAAUUGUGCCGCUCUUUUUGGUAUUAAUAUUGUUGUAUCAUGGCUAUUGUGUUAAUAUAUUAGAAUUUAUUUAAUGUAACUUUUACAUAAGAAAAGUGGAAAUGUUGUUUAUUAUUCUUUUCAAAAAGCGCCUCAAUUUUGUAAUCAUGUAAAGAUCCUUUUUUGGUUUUUGCUGGUUUACUGUAUUACAGUAAAGUAUCUGAAUGCAUAAUAAUUCAUAAUAAAAAUGCUUUUGGUGCAUCCCAAAAUGGAAGACUCCAUGCACAGGUUUGGAUUCAGGUUCAGCCAAAUGGGUGGGCUUAGCUGUGGUCUUUGGUAUUUCAAAGAGACUUGUUUUUGUGUCUUGUCAUUUUAUUGGAUUUUAGGUGAAAUGAUGAACCUCCUUAAAAGAUUUGUCACUAAUGUCCUUAUUUCAAAGCACCAUUUAUGAUUAUGUAAAUAGCAAUGCUGUAGAAUUGUACCAUUGUAGCAUUCUGCACAAACCUACCGAGGAGCAACCUUUUUUGUAAACAACAUUUGAAUUGUAUUAUGCAAAAGAAAUGUUUGUCAUUUCCUAUUCAUGUAUUACUGCACGUCUAGGCCCAGCUGACUGCUUUUUGAAAGGGCUGAAUAUCAGGUCAUAACGUCCUGACAGGGUUGUGAUGUCCUAUUCAAUGCCUUCACAUUAAAGAAAUUGUGUUUCAUCGGACCACACAGUGGACUGUUCCAUUAAUUCUGCUUUCUCCUAUACCUCAGAGCAAUGCUCUCCUCGUUUGCCUUUUGCUGUUCUGGUUUCUGCACAGUAGGCCUAGUCUUCCAGCUUUUUUCGAGUGACUUGUGUGCACAGACAACUCUUUAGAUCACAUAUUCUGGUGUUCUCAGACUGUAUCUCUGUGAGUGAUGCAGCACAACAUUAAGGCUAUUCAGAGAUGGAAUUUCAAAGUUGGCUUGAACCCAUUUUGCCCCACCUUGCCUUGAACUUCAGCAGCCAUUUUUAAUGUCUGCACAAAUUGUUGUCCCUGCAUCCCUGUUGUGGUGGACUGACAAAGUUCAUAAAAUGUAUACUACUAUAUAUUUGUAGGGUAAAUUGCUAAUUCUAUCUUUCUCCCAAUGUCAGAUCAUUUGUGUACUUAUUAACUGGUAACAUAUACUAUAAAACAAGAAUGAAGAUAAUUGUCACAAUGGACCCCAUCAAAUUUUAUUUAUUUAUUUUAUUUUCUUUCUUAAUACAGCAAAAAUGCCUGUGGAGGUUUGCUGGUUAUUAGUUUGUCCAGGAUAAGUUAAUGUAUUGUAUUUUUCAGCCAUUGAUGCAUCAGAUUGGCUUUUAUAAAUGGCUUAUCGUGCAGGUUAACAGUGGUUUUCUGUAAAUCUGGUCAUAGAAAAAUGGCCAAUCAUUGUGUUCACCAUGUAUGCGUGUAUGACAAGAUGCUGCAACUUAAUCUGCUUGAGACUCCUUUCUUUAUAGUAAAGUUGUGUCAUUUUUCAACCUUC